GGCGGUGGUGAGUUUUUUCCUGUUUCUGCAUCCUUGAUAAAGGGCGAUUGGCGGUCACGUCCACACAGUCUGUCUGUCCUGCCGCAGCCACUGCCACCCGCUCUCUCCCUCUCGCCUCUUUGUCCCCUACAACUCAACACCACCACCAACACCAGCCAUGAGUCAGGAGUGCCGCCCAACCAUCAGGACCCGCGUGCCCCUGCCGGUAGCGCAGGAGGCCGAGGUGCUGCGGAAGGCCAUGAAGGGGAUGGGCACAGACGAGGCCGCCAUCAUCAAGGUGCUGACCAGCUGCUCCAACAACCAGCGUCAGGUCCUCAUCCAGGAGUACAAGAGGGCCUUCGACAGGGACCUCAUCAAGGACCUGAAGAAGGAGCUGGCGGGUAACUUCGAGGAUGUGGUCUUGGCGCUCAUGACGCCCACCAGUGAGUUCCUGGCGACGGAGCUCAAGCACGCCCUCAACAGGAAGGACGGAGACUCCGUCGUGCAAAUCAUCUUCGCCAGUGAUCCUGCCAGAGUGAGCUCCAUCAAGGCGGCUUACGACAGCGCGAACGACGACAAGCUGGAGGAGGACUUUGACGACGAGAUGAAGGGUGUGUUCGAGGACGUGCUGAUUGCGACCGUGCUUAGCAAACGCGGGGAGGACUGCAGCGAGGAUGUGGCCGUGUCGGUGGCCCGGGCUAUCUACAAUGACGAUCACGGCGUGGACAAGGACGAGGUGGUAAAGGCCUUUUCCACCCUGUCCUUCAAGCAGCUGAGGCACGUGUUCCUGGAGUACUACAAGCUGGCCGGCAGGACCCUGGGCGAGGCAUUUGGUCUGGAGUUUAAGGGGAAAGAGAAGGCUAACAUGCAGGCCCUGUUCAAGUGCAUUGAGAACCGCAGUGGCUACUUGGCCGCUGCUCUGCGGGACUCGAUGGCCGGGCCGGGUACCAACGACCGUAACCUGAUCCGCCUGGUGGUGUCCCGUUCUGAGGUGGACCUGGGCAGCGUGAAGGACGAGUAUUUCAAGAUGUACAACAAGACCCUCGAGGGAGACAUCCAGCACGACACCUCCGGAGACUACAAGAAGGUGCUGCUGGCCCUCACGCAGUACAACUAUUAGUGCAGGACAGAAGGCUGGUGUCCCGUCCCGUUUAUGUGCAUGGAAGAUUACAGUAGAAAUAUACUUCCAUUCUCUCCACCUAAGUUUUAUCUUCUCCGAGUCUCAGUUUUUCCUUUUUCUCCUUCUAUUCAUAUCCUAUUUAGUUAGAACACACUUACUUUAGAAACUGUAGAGAAGAGCAAUGUUUACUUAAUAUGACUACGGUAACCCUUUGACUACUGACGCAUGUAUUUCACCGUCAGACAAUGUAUAUGAGGCUUCUGUUGCAACCCUAUGGAGGAUAUUUCUUGGAAGUUAAAAUGUCAUGUGUCAAUAGAUUCAUGCAUGUGUAAUUUGCAUGAAAGGAAAAAUAAAUCCAACUUCUCGUACUGCCAAAACGUGUUAAGUGCGUAGUUGAUUUUAUCUUUGAAUUGGACGGAAAGGUAAAUGAUAUAUCACGAGUACACGACUAACAAGAUAUAUUUUGAUGUCGAAUAAAUAAUAAUAAAAAAAUGAUAACAGUUACAAAGAGACAAACAA